ACCAUGAGAAUCAUGACAAUAUCAGAUUUUUAUGGUAAAGCUUGCUUUCUAGCUUGUGUCAUCUUGUAUGUUCAGCUAGUUUCAUCACCAAACAGUGUUUUUGCUUCUGCUAGUUCAACUGAAGCAGAGGCUCUUCUCAAAUGGAAAGCCAGCUUUCAAAACCAAACCCAGAAUAAUCUGACCUCAUGGACUUACUUUCCUAGUAAUUCCACCAGUCCGAAAGCAAAUGCAAGCCCAUGCAAUGUUUGGACUGGAAUUUCAUGCAACAUUGCUGGAAGUGUCAACAGGAUAAACCUCACAAAUUCUGGUAUACAAGGUACGCUGCAUGAAUUUCCAUUCCUGUCCUUACCCAAUCUUGAAUAUAUUGACCUCAGCUUGAAUGAACUCUUUGACGCCAUCCCACCUCAGAUUAGUUCUCUCUCCAAACUCAUCUAUUUUGAUCUAUCUUAUAAUCUGUUGACUGGGAUAAUCCCUCCAGAAAUUUGUCUUCUCUCAAAUCUUCAGGUCUUGCACCUAAAUGAAAACCAGUUAAAUGGCUCAAUUCCUCAAGAGAUAGGUCAGCUUAAGUUUCUUUACGAGCUUGAUCUUUACAGUAACUACCUAGAAGGUCCAAUUCCUGCUUCUCUAGGUAAUUUGAUCAACCUGGCUUCUUUGGCUCUCAAUGACAAUCAACUUUCUGGGAAAAUCCCCCUAGAAAUUGGUCUUCUCGCAAAUCUUCAGGUCUUGCACCUAAAUGAAAACCAGUUAAAUGGCUCAAUUCCACAAGAGAUCGGUCAGCUUAAGUUUCUUUACGAGCUUUAUCUUUACCUCAAUUACCUAGAUGGUCCAAUUCCUGCUUCUCUAGGUAAUUUGAUGAACCUGGCUUCUUUGGCUCUCAAUGACAAUCAACUUUCUGGUUCCAUUCCUCUAGAGAUUGGAAACCUUUCAAAUUUGGUUGAUAUGGAAAUGGGUAACAACCGUUUAACGGGUCCAAUCCCUCCAAAUUUUGGAAGCCUAAAAGACCUGGCGUAUUUGCAUCUUUAUCACAAUCAACUUUCUGGUUCCAUUCCUCCAGAGAUAGGAAACCUUUCAAAUUCGAUUGAAAUAGGAAUGGGUUACAACCACUUAGCAGGUCCAAUCCCUCCAAAUUUUGGAAGCUUAAAAAGCCUAACUGUGUUGCACUUGCACAUGAAUAAUCUUUCUGGUUCAAUACCAACAUCUUUAGGUGAUAUGACAAACCUCGAGUCUCUCUUUCUCUAUGAAAAUCAACUUUCUGGUGCCAUUCCUAUAGAGAUAGGUAACUUGAAAGCCAUGGUAGAUUUAGAGUUGAGCACAAAUCACCUCAAUGGCUCCAUUCCUAUAUCAUUCGGUGAGUUGAGAAACUUGGAAACCUUAUUCCUUCGUGAAAACCAACUUUCUGGAUCCAUCCCCAAAGAAAUAGGGAAUCUCAUGAAGUUGAGUACAUUGGAAUUGGAUACUAACCAACUCUCUGGUUAUUUGCCCCAAAAUAUUUGCCGCGGCGGAUUACUAGAAAACUUUACAGCAUACAGCAACCAUUUGACAGGUCCACUCCCCAAAAGCUUGAAAACUUGCAAGAGCUUAGUUAGAUUCCUUCUUCAUGGGAACCAUCUGACUGGCAAUAUAUCUGAAGAAUUUGGUGCCUAUCCAAAUCUUCAAUAUAUAGACCUAAGCCACAACAAUUUCUACGGUGAUAUCUCACCUGUCUGGGGGGAAUGUUCGCGAUUAGGAACUCUCCGAGUUGCGGGCAACAACCUGAGUGGUAGCAUUCCACCUGAGAUUGGAAAUGCAACCCAAAUUCAUGUACUCGAUCUUUCUUCAAAUUGUUUAGUUGGUGUGGUUCCAAAUGAGAUUGGGAGAUUAACUUCUUUGGUGAAUCUGAUUUUGAAUGGUAAUCAACUUUGGGGUCGGAUACCCUCAGAAUUUAGAUCAUUGAAGGAUCUUGAAUAUCUUGACCUGUCAACGAACAAAUUCAAUGAGUCAAUUCCAAGCACUUUAGGUGACUUGUCCAGUUUACACUACUUGAACUUGAGCAACAACCAGUUCAGCAAAAAAAUUCCAUUUCAAUUGGGGAAUUUAGUCCACCUGUCUCAGCUAGACUUAAGUCAUAAUUCAUUGGAGCAUCAGAUACCAUCAGAAAUGAGCCAAAUGCAAAGCUUAGAGAUUCUGAAUCUUUCCCACAAUAAUCUUUCUGGUUCCAUACCCAAAAAAUUUGAACAAAUGCAUAGCUGGGUUCAAAUCGACAUAUCCUACAACCAGUUGCAGGGUCCCGUCCCCAACAACAAAGCAUUUCAAGAUGCUCCUUUGGAAGGCAAUGAAGGAUUGUGUGGCAAUAUUGCAGGACUUCAACCCUGCACUAUUCCCUUCACGGAGAAUAAGCAUGCCUCAAAAAAAGAUCGAAGACUGGUGCUUAUAAUUGUUUUCCCUGUUUUGGGGACACUUUUACUUGCCUUCCUAGCAAUUUCCUUGGUUAGAAAAAGAAGAAACAAAGAGCAGGAUACAAAGCAGAGCAAUGUGGAGCUCAGAGAAGUUUUUUCCAUAUCUGAAUUUGAUGGAAGAAGAAUGUAUGACGAAAUCAUCAAGGCAACCAAUGAUUUUGAUGUCCUAUAUUGCAUCGGAAAGGGAGGAUCCGGAAGUGUCUACAAGGCAAAGCUGCUAUCAGGUAGCAUAGUUGCAGUGAAGAAACUCCACUCAAUACUUGAUGGUGAGGAGUCGUCUCAGAAGGAAUUCCUUAACGAAAUAAAGGCGCUAAUAGAAAUACGACACCGGAACAUUGUGAAACUUCGUGGUUUCUGUUCACACGCUCACCACUCGUUUUUGGUCUAUGACUACCUAGAAAAAGGUAGCUUGGCUUCAAUCUUGAGCAAAGAAUAUGAAGCUCAAAAGUUGGACUGGAGCACAAGGGUGAGGAUUGUGAAAGGUGUAGCUCAUGCCUUGUCUUAUAUGCAUCAUGAUUGCUCACCACCUAUAGUGCAUCGAGACAUAUCAAGCAACAACAUUUUGCUUAAUUACGAAUAUGAGCCUUGUGUUUCAGACUUUGGCACUGCUAAGCUUCUAAAUGCAGACUCAUCAAAUUGGACUGCCCGUGCAGGCACAUAUGGAUAUAUAGCACCAGAGCUGGCAUACACAAUGAAGGUAACUGAGAAAUGCGAUGUUUAUGGCUUUGGAGUGCUGGCACUGGAAGUGAUAAUGGGGAAGCUGGGUGAAGUCAUUUCCUCUUUCUCGUCUUCAUCCUCCAAUGGAGGCAAAUUGCUGAAGGAUGUAUUGGACCAACGCCUCCCCGCUCCCACACCUCAUGUUCAUGAUGAAUUGGUAACCAUUGCAAGCCUAGCAAUUGCAUGCAAACAUCCCCACCCACAAUCCAGGCCAACAAUGCACAAGGUUUCUCAGGUCUUAUCAUCCCAGCCUGCAAGUUCCUCAGGACAACCAGAGAUUACACUUGCGCAACUCAUUAGUUAAUUAUCUAAAUUGUGUGGCCUAUGUCAUAAAUAAGAUUUACUGGGCAUAUUUAUCCCCCAUUCAACGAAAAGGAAACAUCAGUCAUGAGUUUCUUCCAGCUCACCGUAAAUCAAUAUGAGCUAGCUUGGUUGUAAAUCUCUUGUAAUAUAAUUUAUUGAGACAA